CUAAGACAGAAAAAAAUAUGGGUGGGUGUGAAGACAACUCGGCAUCCUCUAUCCAAUCAUGUAAUUAAAAUUUAGUUUGGGGGUGGGUGUGGGUGGGUGUGGAUGGGAGCGUAGUUUACAAAUACCCCUAAAUAAUAGAGGUCUAUACACGUCUUUUUAUCUGUCAGUGCAUAAUGAUUUAAUGAUUUCUUUAUUGUUUCUUGACUCAAUUUACUUGAAAAAUUCCUGAAGUUUGACGUCCACUUUACUCUUCUAAACGCCCCGAAAAUUUUUCGCGAUUUUUUCAGGAUAGGAACUACUUAGUAGGAUCUAUAACUUUGCUCAUAUAACUAUCCUCGACACUUUCCAUUAUUCACCCUCAGUUUUUCAGUAAAUCCGUUAAAAUGUUACUUCACGAAAAGAAAAUUGAGCUAUUAUGACCCUAUAUUGCUGUUCAGCAUCAAGAAUUCAAUGUACUUCAACGUUUUCUAAGGUUUCUGUGUGUUUCCAUACCACAGUUUUUAAGAGGAUUUCUGGAAAACUGAGGGUGAAUAAUGGAAAUUGUCGGGGGCAGUUGUAUGAGCAAAGUUAUAGAUCCUAGUUUUUUCCUGAAGCGACAAUCGCUUUUUCGCAGUGAAUUUACUCAGAAAAAAUGAUCUUGCGGUAAAACCUUCCCCAAAACACCUUUCUGCAAACCCCUUCUAAUAACAAAACAAACACACAUAAGAAUAAAUCAAAUUGCGGAAGCAAACAUAAUAAAUAUAGGCUUAGUCACUUUUAAUACGUUGUUUUCUCCUUCGUUCACUCAUUUGAACUUCACUCAACGACAAGUAAAACAUUAAUCCACUUACACCACUUCCAGUUAAUACGGUAAACAUCACCUGUGUAUAAGUAAUGUAAGCAAUCCAAUCAGUUAGUCUUAAUUGAUUAUUAAUUCCAUAUGUAUUACAAUUAUGAUGAAUAACAAUAAAUAAUGUAAUACCCAUAUUUAAAAAACAACAUAUCAAAAAAUAAAGAAAGUCCCACAUAACUUUCCGUAAUUCCUUUAUCACUAAUAGCAGUUUCAUGUAUUCUCAAACUCUUAAGAAAAUUUAAGUCUAUUAGUUUUCCUUUACUUAAUUUAUAUUUGGGCAUAUAGCUUCAUAAGAAGCUCAUACAAAUUACAAUCAAUCUACAGUUCAUAAACAAAUAGUCUUAAUUGGGCAAAUCCCUGUUGACGCUACGGGUGCACGCAGUUGCCCUCGCCGAUGCGCGUAGAGCCAGCUGGUUGGCCGUAGCUGUAGUCAUUAAAAGAGCGCCGCCGUUUUCUGAGCGAUAUGAAUUUGAGAACAUGAACUCGACUUAAAUCUUUAAAUCUCAAAUAAAAAAUUUGUUGUAUCGAAUGAAGAUGACUUAACAAUUCAACAAUAUGAGGAAUAAAACUUAUAAAACUAAUUAAUGAAAUGAAAAAAUAUAUUAGCGAUAAUAUUUUUCUACCAUGAUUAUUAAUAGUAGUAAACCAAUUAUCGUAUGACAGCAUAAUUUUUGUUUUUAUAAUUUUUAACAAUUGUUUGAACAUUUCCAUUCCUUUAUCAUGGCCACAAAUAACAAUUAGAUUGGGUGUGAGAAUAAAUUGUUUCACAAAAGAUUUAUUAUCUAAUGCAAUUUUAUAUGUUGAAUAUAUUUCAUCUUGUGAUAAUUUAAAUUGAGCUAGGUGACGAGCUCUUCUAAUUUCAACUUGACGACUAUUGUUUACUGUCGUUACACCUUCUGUACUUGAAACCACUUUUUUCGACAAUAUGCUCGUCUGUUUGACAAAGUUACUCAUCUCCAACUUGAACAAGAUUAUUGGAGUUGUGUAGUCGAAACGUUGUCGAACACGAUCGUCUGGUUAUCAAAAAUGCCAAAAGUUCUAACAAGACGUAAUUCAAUCAACUGGGAGUAUCCGAGAACUGCGAAGAAUAUCAGAAAGCGACAAGAACAAUUUCAAAUCAAUUAAAACAAGCACAAGACAACCUGAACGCACAUUUACAAAAAGUUCAAGAAUUACCGUAUCAACAAAAGCAAGAGGAAAUAACGAUGGAACAUAUCGAAUUAUUAGGCGCCAUCGAGACAUUCGUACAUCAAGGUCUACAACCAGUGCGUAUCAAUUUCGAACAAAAGAAGAUAUUAUUGGAAAUCGAUAGAAACGAAGUUCAACUGGUGAAAUCGUUCUGUGAUUUGAGCCCAACAUCAGAUCAGUUUGAAUUUGCCCUCAAAAUUUGGUCGGUAACAUCGAAAAAUUGUCAACAAGCCGUGUCUCAAAUCAAUAAUGAAACGAUUCAAGAUAACAAUAACAUAGUGACAAAUGGAGAGCUCAAACUCUUGCCGAAACAUCUCGAACAACAAAAUCGACUUUUUUCUCUUAAAUUAUCGGCUCCUUCAAUUGCUGGUAUUAUCGAAGCUCGUCAAACAAAUAUCGAAAAACGUGCUACACAAAUCAUUGAAUUCAAAAAAGCGACUCCUAAACUACAAUCACCUCGUUUUCAUCCAACUCAUCAGAACCGCGAGAAACAUUUUAUUGCCGAUUGA